AUGAGAUUUAAAGGCUGUUUUUUCUUCCUAGUUAUGAUGAAUUCAGGCAAACUCUUUGCAGAAGAUAAACUUUGUGAUUUGCCACAUAUAGAAAAUGGAAAGAUUGCCCCAUACUAUUAUAAUUUCAAAAGUUACUAUUUUCCUAUGCGUAAAGAGAAAAAACUUUCCUAUUCUUGUGUUGCUGGUUAUACAACCGAAACUGGGACUCAAGAUGGAAGAAUAACUUGUACAGCAAAAGGAUGGUCUCCAGUGCCACAGUGCUACAAAAAAUGUAAGAAGCCUCUUUUGGAAAAUGGCUUUUUUUAUGGUACAGAAAUGUCCUUCAAAAUACAUGAGAAACUGCAGUACAAAUGUAAUCUAGGCUACCACGCUCCAAAUGGUGGUACCGAGGAUACAGUACAAUGUCAAGUGGAUGGAUGGUCCUCACAGCCAAGCUGUACUAAAAAUUUUGAGUCAUGCCAAGUACCUGAUUUACAUCAUGGCUAUUACUUCACAACCCAGCAAGAGCUUCGAGUGAAUGAAACACUGCUAUAUAAAUGUGAUGAGGGAUAUCAUACUGCAGGAGGAAACACUACAGAAGAAGCAAGGUGCCUAGCACGUGGGUGGUCCCUUACUCCAAACUGCACUAAAAUAACUUGCUACCCUUUGAAUGGAAUAGAACAUGGAAGUUUCUAUCCUGUGAAGAAAAUCUAUGAAGAGGGAGAUGUUGUUCAUUUUUUCUGUGAGGCAAAUUAUUCUUUCCAUGAAUUUGACCUAAUUCAAUGUUACUAUUUUGGAUGGUAUCCAGAUCCUCCAGUGUGUGAAGAUGUAAGAAAUAAAUGUCCUCCACCACCACUUCCUCCUCAUGCCCACGUCAUCACAGUUAGGAGAACAUAUCAUAAUGGUGACAAAGUUCGUAUACAGUGUCAAAGUAAAUUUGAAAUAAGAGGAUCUGAGGAAAUUCACUGUGAAAAAGGAAAAUGGACAUCACCCCCUAUUUGUAUAGGAUCUAUAAAUAAACAGGAAUCUGAGGCAACAUCACUCAAGCUAGAUGCAGCAAUAAGGACAAGCAAAACAUAUCACAGUGAAGAAAUGAAAAUACAGCAGAGCUGUACCUCUCCACCAGUGAUUAAAAACGGUGUUCUUCUUAGCCCUCUAUUGCUUAGCUACAAAAAUGGUUCUUCAGUAGAGUAUGGUUGCCAGCUUUACCAUUUUUUGGAUGGACCUAGCACUGUUUACUGCAAACAAGGAAACUGGACAGAACAACCGGCUUGCUUAGAUCCAUGCAUUCUUAAUGUAACUGCUAUAAACAAUAACAACAUAGAGUUAAAAUGGAGACAGGAAGAAUUGAUGUUCCUACAUGGUGACCUCAUAGAGUUUGAAUGUAAAGAGGGAUAUGAUUUUCCCCAGACUACCCUUCCAUCUCCUGGGAGGACGCAGUGUAACCAUGGGAGACUGAAAUACCCAAAAUGUGUCGUUAAAGCUCCUAUGGAAAAAUGUGACUCUCCACCUUCUAUUGCAAAUGGGGCUCUUACUCUCCCACCCCUGACCCAGUAUGAGAGUGGUUCUUCAGUUCAGUAUAGUUGCUAUGACUAUCAUUUCUUGCAAGGAUCUGAGAGAAUCUACUGUUCUGCAGGCCAGUGGACUUCACCACCAGUUUGUAUAGAGCCAUGCACUUUGUCAAAAAAUGAAAUGGAGAAAAAUAACGUGUUGCUGGAAGGGUUUUAUGAGAACCAGGUUUACUUUUACCAUGGGGAUUAUGUUGGAUUUUACUGCAAACAGAACCAUUUUGGAGAAGAAUCUGGUACAACUUUAUUUCAAGUGCAGUGUAAGAGAGGACAGCUAGUGUAUCCAAGAUGUGUCGAAAGAGGAAAAUAAGUGUGAACUUCAGGCAAGUUCAUAGGAAAGGUAAGAAGUCUCCAAAGGACGUGGCUCAAGGGACAAGAAAAGGAGAAAGCAUUUUGAGAGAAUGUGUGUAAGGGAUGAAAACAUUUAAAAUAUAGAAAUAUGUGAGUUCCACUCAGUAGUUAAUAAUUAAUCUUAAA